CCUUCAUAACACAACCCUCCCCAUUUAUCCGGGCUUGGGAUCGCCACUAAGAGUGCACUGGCGUGCGCAACCCUAAUGGCUAGGUUGUAAAUGCAGCAUUCCAUUCCAGGAAAAUUGGGUUUGUUGCUUUUUACUAUCUCUCUCUCUUGCUGUGUCCACUUUAUUAGGAACACAUAUAAAUCUCCAGAUUUUAGCAUUUUUUCCAUUAAAACCUUUUUAAGCAAAUCAUGUGACAGCAAUGCAACACUUUUAGUCAUGGAAGUACAGGUAAAGAGGUUUGGUUAGUGUACACAUCAACCAUUAAGGAGAUGUCAUCUUACUAACGUUUACUGUGUUAUAGAACACAUUUGUUUGCCGCAUGCUGCAAAAAGCUAAAAACAUCCAGUGAGCAGCAGUUAUGUAAGUAGCAAUGCCAUGCUGAUGAGGUCAGGGUGAAAUUCUGUAGUGGUUUAAACUGACAAGAAGGUUAUGGUUACACAAAUAACCACUUUUCACAACCAUGAUGAGCAGAAAAGCAUAUCUGAUUGCAGCCCCCCAAAAAAAGAAAUCUGUGACUACAGAUAGCCAAAUUAGACCAUUAAAAAUGGGGAAAAGGUGCAAGCCGUAACAAGCACAUCAAGCUUUCUGUUUUAAAAGUAGUUAUUUUUUUCUAAUACACAAAUAAUUGAUGUCAAACGAAGAGAAACCCUGGAAAACAUAUCAGGCAGCUGUAAAUAGAAAUGCAGAUAUGCAGUAACAGCAUUUGCCACAGGAGGGCAGCACAUACCCAUAAAAUGCACUGGAUAUGCAGAAAGAAAUCAGAAUUAUGCUAUUAGAUUCAUUUUUCUUUCUGUAAGUUAAAAUAAUAAAUAAAUAAAAUUCUCCGAAAUAACAUAAAAAGUGAUAGGCUAUUAUAUGUUAUACAAUGUACAUACAGUAUAUGGUGCAUUAUAUAAAUCUUGCAUAUAAAUGCAUUUAUUCCAUAUGUAGGCUUUAUAUAAUGCGUCAUAACCUGUAUGUGUAGACUUACAUAUUAUAGCAUACACUCAAUAUUUCAUAAAAUCAACAAAAAAAAAUUGCUGCAUGAAAGAGGUAUAUUAGCAUAUUUGCAUAAUACGGAUCUUAUAACAGAAAUUGUACAUUAAAUAUUAAAUAAACUGCUUAUUGACUUCCUGCCAUUUGUUAAUAAUUCCUGAUAUUUGGACGACAAACUCAAAUUUAUACUAAUCAAUCGCGCAUGCGCACAUCGCUCGAGUCGCGCGUUAAAAAAUAAAAAACGCAUAACCGCAUCGCAUCCCUCCGCCCCGUUGGAAAAACAACCUAGGACCCAGAUGCAGAAUUCUACAGAAAACUUUUGACCUCAAAAUCCGACUUUGCGACGAGUACCAUCUAACAAAUCGCGGUUUAAAAAACGACCACGACGUCGCCAAACACGACACCAACCGACGCGUUCGCGUCUGCUGAUAACGUGCGAUCGUUCAUGCGGAUUAUUUUAUCUCGCCAGGCGCGGAAGGGCGUUGCAGUGGGAGGGGUGUGAGGCGGCUAAGAUGGCGGCGCCCUGUUUAGUGCAGCUGCUUUAACGGUGGUGCAUGGAGACUGUCGGUGGGCCACCCAGGGACCCUGAAGCAGGCAGAGAGAGUGACACCUGAAAGCCCCUCCCCUCCACCCUAGCCUCACCCAUCAUUACACCAUCGCCACCACCAUCAUGGCCAGGGAACAGCUCAACGUAGGUGAUCUGCUCCCUCUCCUGGAGACCUCUGAUCUCCAACAGCUUGAGGAAAUCAAAGGGCUCAUCAACGAACACCUCAGUACAGACCGAGGGUCCGUGCUCCUGAACGGCUUGGUGGAUUAUUUCCUGGAGACCAACUCAAGUCCAGCACUACACAUUCUGUCUUCAGUGAGGGAACCACAUGACAAGCAUCUUUUUGAUAAGAUGAACGAGUGCAUGGCUAAGCCGCCAUGCCGUCUGCCUACACUCAACCUCCUGGGCCAUGUGGUACGCAAACAGCCUUCCUGGAUUCACAAGAUCGCUCGCUACCCUCUGCUGCUCUCGCUGCUCAAGUGUCUCAAGACGGACACAGAUGUCGUGGUUCUCAUAACUGGUGUGCUGGUGCUUGUCACUAUGUUACCCAUGAUCCCUCAGGCAGGGAAGCAACAUCUGUAUGAGUUUUUUGAUGUGUUUGGACGCCUGGCUGCCUGGAACUUAAGGAACCCUGGUCACGUUUCAGAGGUGUUCCUGAUCCACCUGCACGCCAGCGUCUACUCACUUUUCCACCGCCUGUACGGCAUGUACCCCUGCAACUUCAUCUCCUACCUGCGCUCCCAUUACAGCAUGAAGGAGAACAUGGACAUUGAAGAAGUGGUUAAACCGAUGCUGGAACACGUCCGCAUACACCCAGAACUAGUGACUGGAACGAAGGACCAUGAGCUGGACCCUACCAGAUGGAAAAGGUUUGAGAUCCAUGACAUCGUGAUUGAAUGUGCCAAAGUGUCUCUGGACCCUCGGGAGGCGUCCUGCGAAGAGGGCUAUGCCACCUUGCCUGAGCACUUCUGUGCCAACUUGCACAUGCGUGCCCCUGAUUGCACUGCCAGUCCCUACACUGACCUGCACAGCAGUUAUGGAAGUUCAUCCUCCAAUCAUUUUUCCACACCGCGGCAGCCUGUCCUUCCUCCUCUGCCCCUGUCUUCUCUCUCAGGGACACAGUUGGCUCAUCGCAGUCCCCCCAGCACCCACCGGCCGAGCUCUACAUGUGAAUUCAACUUCAUCUAUGGCAUUAAAGACGCUCUCUGGAGCCCCUCUUCCCUCUGUGGAAUGGCCACCCCGCCUUCCUCAAGAGGAAUGUCUCCAAACCCUGAGCUAUCCCAGAGUGCCUUACACGUAUCUGGUCGCUUUUACAGCACCCCUGGAGGAGGGAAAGGCACCCCAUGUUCCAGCACUCCAGCGGCAUCGUCUCCUCCUCCCAGCUUCUCGGACGACCCACCAUCUGCUUCCUUAAUCCACAGUACACCUAGCCUGCAGUUUAAGGACGGUAGACCUAUAGACCCCACCAAACCUCCACUACAGAGGCAAGAGCAAAUCAGAGAUUUGGAGAAAUCCCUGGAUGACAAGACCAAUCACAGAGAUGGUGCGGAUAAGAACGUGUCCAUGACACUGACCGAGUUAUCCGUCUACAUGAAGGAGCAGGAGCAGCUGCGGCUGGGCAAGGAGAGGGAGGAGGCUGCCAUCACAGAGGAACUGAUGAAGCUAACCGAGGAGAAGCGCGACACUUCCGGCGCUCGGGGUUUUGACUCGCCGUUCUUCCGCACCACCGAGAAUCUCACUGGUCCCCAGGAGAAGCCCCCUCCAACUUUCACCCACCUCCGUGAUCCCCACCAUGCUGUCUCCACGCCGGAUAAGAUCGACAUGCGAGUCUGGUGGAGAGGCCAAGGCAGUCGUUCGGCGUCCCAGGAGCAGCCGUGGUCCUUCCAGCCUCUCUUUGCACCAACAGAAUUGCGGCACCACAGCCCCAGUGCAGAGGACGAGGCUCUGAAAAAUACACCACACUCGCCCAGCCUGGGCACAGCACCCUCCUCGCUGCCUUAUGAGGCUCUAUUUAACCUUGCACUGCCCCGCACCACUUCCCUGUUCAUGAGCCGAAGGAGCUCAGAGGCAUUGGAGAGAGCAGCGAUGCAAGGAAUGGCGGGAGUGGCGGAUGAAUGCCACGGAGUAACGUCAGUGUCUCCUCUUGAGGUGCUUGAUCGCCUGGUGCAGCAAGGCACUGAUGCUCAUGAUAGGGUGCUAAAGAGAUUGCCUCUGCCAAGCAAGUCAGCUGACUGGACUCACUUCGGAGGCUCUGCACCUCUGGAUGAACUGCAAACGCUACGCAGUCAGUUGCUGUUGCUGCAUAACCAGUUGCUGUAUGAGCGUUAUAAGCGCGAGCAGCAUGCUGUGCGAAACCGUCGUCUGCUGCGCAAAGUCAUCAAUGCCACAGCACUCGAGGAACAAAAUAACGCGAUGAAGGACCAGCUGAACCUGCAGUGUGUGGACAUCGUGUCUCUGCGUGAGAGCCUACACAUGGAACAGCAGCGUUACAGGCAUCUCUGUGUUGAACGGGAAACCAUGGUCACGUGCCUACACAGUCAGAUCCGGGAACUUCAACACGAACGUGACGACUACUACACCAAAUACCAGGAGUUACAAAGUCAGAUGCAGGAGUGCCAGAAGAGGAUGGGGGAGAUGGAGGCUGAGCUCCAGAAGGCGAAUAACAAGGUGUGCCAUACGGGGCACCAACUGAAUCAGCUCACUGCCAAGUUGUCCUCUAGUGAGAGCACACAGCAGCAGUUGAGCUUCAUGAGCAGACAGUUGUUGCUGCUGGGUGAAGCCCAUAAACUGUGCGUGCAAGAGCUUCAACAAGCAGGCCCAGACCUCAGCAAGGAGGUGCACAUGGUGCAGGUGUCCUUGAUUAAGGAGGUGGACCGUCUGAAGCAGAAUCUGCUGCUGCAGGGUCAGAAGCUGGACGCGGCUCAGCAGAGAGUGGCUGAGCUGGAGACGCAACUGUCCAAGAAAGAGCACCUCAUCACAGAGCAGAAGUUGUUCCUGGAGGACGUCAAGGGACAGGCUAAGGAGGAGCUGAAGGCUUCUGAAAGUAGGUAUCAAGCACAAAGGCGUGUGACUCAGGCCCUGCAGAUGGAGCUGUUGCAGCUUUACAGUAGGUUGGAGAUGGACGUUCCCGUUGCCUCUGCUGCAGCUUCAUCAGCAGCAAUGGAUGCCAAGGAACGCAGCUGUCCCACACAGACCAGUGUGGUGGCAUCAGCUGGACCAACGAAAACGGCCUCUAAAGACAGCACCAAGUCAUCACCACACAGGAACGGCUUCUCGUCAGGUCAAGCCAAAACUGGCUCCCCUGACCCCAAGUCCAAGUCGAUAAACGGCAGUCGAGCCACACCCCCACCCAUGCUGGUAGAACCGCCCCAUGCUUGCCCUGUGUUGCCCCCCUCCACCCCAUCCCUUACCGUUGGCUCCUACCCUAGUGCCAAGAGUUUCCUUGGCAUGCGGGCACGGGAACUCUUCCGCAACAAGAGCGAGAGUCAGUGCGACGAGGAUUACGCUCCCCGUGCACAACUUACCGGCCUAUCACAGGGCCUGAAAACCGAGCUCUGUGUGGAGCCUGCAGUAAAGACAGGUCCCGCCUCCUCCACACACAGCCAUGCCUCCGUCAUCACUGCUAAAGAGCCUGAGGUCUUACAGAGAGCAACAAAAAGAGUAGCAGGACGGCCGGGGAAGCAACAGCUUCAUAUCAUGGACUACAAUGAAACGAAUCAGGAACACAGCUAGACUGUGUCAAGCACGUUGCUAGUAGAUGAAGGAAGCCGGAAACUGAUCUCGGAUUACGAUUACUUUUUUUAUUUUAUUUUAUUUCGGUGUUCAUCCCGUUUCUUAAAGCGGACAACAGGAUUCAGAAUUUCCACUCAUGUUUCUCGUGUCCAUUUUGCCCAGGAGCCCGAACUUAAGCGUCUUCCUGUGUAGAGAAGAAACCCAUCUUUAUAUAUUCUUUGGUUUUUAGUUUUGUUUUUUCCCACCAAACCCUACAAAUUAGCUUCAUCACCGAGUGCACUGUUGAGUGGGGUGGGAUUAGGGAGUGCCUCCACAGUGGGAUGAUGUAAUAAGAGAAUGAUUGUCCUUCUUGUGUCAAGGAGGAGCAACAUAGUGUUGUUACUUCUUACCUUCCACUGAAACCAGCUGAUAUUUUUUUUAUGUACCGAAAUCAUGCACAGUGCAUGUUUAAAAGAAGGAGAGAACUACGUUUUUAUAUCACUAGAGUUUUAAAAUUAUUUAUUUUGAAUCUUUUUUUUUUCUUUUUUUUUUAAUCCCUCCAUGACCUUUUGCAAAGUGUUCCUGUUAACUGAGAAGUAUUAACGUUCAUAAAAACAAGAAACAAAGCCCAUAAAUGGAACAAGUUAAAUGCCAGUUCAGCCAAGAACCACCCUUUAUCUGUCUUAAUGUCAUAUACAGCUAUUCCACAGCACAAAAAAGGUCAAUCAGCCAAGAAUCACCUUGAAAUGUGUUAAUCGCGGGUACUUGGCAACCUAGCCUUCUUGCCCAGCUAUCAUUCGUUCCAUGCCGUGUGCUUUGAGACCUCGAGUCUCAAACAGACCUGGUUGUGGAAUCGUCCUGAGAAUAUCUCUUGUCACUUUCCUAUGGCCAAAUUUUCUUUCUUUUUUUCCUUCUUUUUUCUUUUUUAAAUGCAUUUUUUAAGUUGAAUCUCAAAUUAAUUUUUUUCCACUGUGUACAAAAAGGGUGCCAUUUCAGAUUCCGCCUUAGAAAAGUUACUCCGCGUGGUACCUGAUUAACGCUUGCACUCGACAUGUUUUUACUGCACUAAAAGUUUUGGCACCCCCGACUUUUUCACCUGCUGCCAUUUCAAACUGCACCAUAUACUGUAUUUUAUAGGGAGACAAGUGACAUUUCACUGACAAAUGAUACGGUAGAUUUAUGAAUUAUAACUAGUAUUUUAUUAAAUGGUGCUUAUUGCUAACCAACCAAAUCUAUAGAACUCCUCGUAGUCUAACGGUUUAUGAACUAAAAAGCACAGGUAUCCGUUAUCAGGCCCGAAUCUGACAAACAAUUCUUAACGGUAAGAAAAAUAUUGAACUUCAUCAUUGUAGGCUUAUUUGCAUCCUUUGCUGUUUAACUAAUAUCUCAAUGGUUUGUAAUUCAGAAAUCCGGGCAAACGUGUAUUUUUUUUAAAUUUUUUUCCUUUGGUUAGAUCUUGUUUUUUUUAAUUGCAGUUUACAGAUUAAAAAAGGUGGCAACAAUGUCGUUUCACUCGCAUAUAUUUUAGUGUACUCAUAAUGGUGGUGCCAUGUUUAAAAAAAUAAUAAUAAAAUUUCCCCUUUGAAAUUUUCAAAAAUUUACAAAAAUCAGUAAUUCUGCAAAUGAAAGCGAAUAAAUUGGAGCAUCCCAACAUUCAGAAAAGUGGAAAACACUCGAUCACUGUAUAAAUCUUAAGUCGCAGUGUUGACCCACAUCCAAAUGAGGACUAAUCAGAAAUAACUGAUUUUUCUGAACAUUUCACUCGUUUCAAUAUGCUCCAUGUUUCAGAUAUUUACUGUAAUCCUAUUUUCAGCUCCACAUUAAUCCAUACUGGCCUUUUCGUGCACCAGAAAGUUUUUUUUUUGCUUAAAGUUUUAAUUUAAUUCUCUGUUUUUUCAUAUCGUAUUGAGAUUUUACUGAAGGCGCACGAGAUUUAACACUUUCAAAGGAUACAUGUGCCAAGUAAGGAAUAAAACUCGGGUGCAUGAUGAAAAAUAAUGCCUUUAAGAGUUUUUUUUUAAUAUCAGACAUUUUUGCUGUUACAUUUUGGUUACAUUUAAUGUUGUGCAUCUCCCACAAAACCGGUUCCUGUUUUCACUUAUGUUAUUGCAGCUGUAAAGUCGUUCCCUAACCAGUGUGUCUUCAUAAAUUAUAAUGUAAAAAAAAAAAAAAAAAAGAAAAUCAUAUCACAUCAACUCUUGAGACUUUCUAAUGGUGGAAAACUUACUGGUACUGGAGACUCCUUACUUCUUUUUCGUUCCUUUUUUUUUUUCAAUAUGCUUGCAGGGACUCUUCCCUUUUUUUUUUUUUCUUUUUCCCCCCUUUCCUUUUUCUUCAAAACCAUUCUUUUUUACAUUCUUUAUCCCUUUCCUCUGUUAUUAUUGCCCUUUUUUUCCUGUGUUGUUUGCUUAGUCUUUUUGGUUUAUUCCCUUUAUUUUUCCAUUGAUUUUUUUUCUUUCCAUAUCAAUGAUUACAUAAUCUUCUCUGUUAAACAACACUCCGUUUAUUAUUAGUUUUGGAUUGUGCAGAGUGACUGUAGCUUCUGUUAAUAUCAACACCUUCUGUCUAGUCAGAUUUGAGACUUCAUCAGUUCGUAUGCUUUAAGGAGAAACGCUUGAGUCAGCGAUGCAUUGAUGCUGCUCGGAAACAAGUUUCCACAAAAACAGUGGUGUUUAUGUUGAUUAUCAGCACACUUUCAAUUUAUGUCGAAUCCAGUAAAAAUGAAUGGAUCGUUUUUUUCCUGUGUUUUUAUUGGAAGUUUGCUAAAUCAAUAAAGGCUACAGCAUGGUCACGAAGGCACAGGACAGCACACAGCUGUGCUCCGACACGGGGCACGAGGGCACAUCUGUAAGUGGUGGUAUUUGCUGUAGUAAUGACACUUUGGUGGACUUUGUGUCUCUGUUUGAACUGCAGAAAUCCUGUUGUCCUCUUGACCUCUGCCGUCAUCCCUUCUGCCUCGCUAUCUACAGCAUGUACAACUUUAAUGCCAAUAGGAAGUGACACGGUGAGAUGGACGGUACAAUCCGUGAGCUGAAUGGAGCAGGGCAGUUGGACCUCCUGUGAUGGAGGAAGAAGUUCAUAAAGCAUUUGCUUGUGUUGACUGUGAAAGAUGAAAAUAAAAUCGUCAUGUUUUGCACUAUA